CUUCCUCCGGGAUCUUCUGAGCGAGCGCGUGAACGGCGAUUUGCAGAGGCCAUGGCGCUUCACGUCCCCAAGGCCCCGGGCUUUGCCCAGAUGCUUAAGGAGGGGGCGAAGCAUUUUUCAGGAUUAGAAGAGGCUGUAUACAGGAACAUACAGGCUUGCAAGGAGCUUGCCCAAACAACUCGUACAGCAUAUGGACCAAACGGAAUGAACAAAAUGGUUAUCAACCACCUGGAGAAGUUGUUUGUGACAAAUGACGCAGCCACUAUUUUAAGAGAGCUAGAAGUACAGCAUCCUGCUGCAAAAAUGAUCGUAAUGGCUUCUCACAUGCAAGAGCAAGAGGUUGGAGAUGGCACAAACUUUGUGCUGGUGUUUGCUGGAGCCCUUCUGGAACUAGCUGAAGAGCUUCUGAGAAUUGGGCUCUCGGUUUCGGAGGUCAUAGAAGGUUAUGAAAUAGCCUGCAGAAAAGCCCAUGAGAUUCUUCCUGAUUUAGUGUGUUGUUCUGCAAAAAAUCUUCGAGAUGUUGAUGAAGUGUCUUCUGUGCUCCAUACCUCCAUAAUGAGUAAACAGUACGGCAAUGAAGUGUUUCUGGCCAAGCUCAUUGCUCAGGCAUGUGUGUCUAUUUUCCCUGAUUCCGGCCAUUUCAAUGUUGAUAACAUCAGAGUGUGUAAGAUUCUGGGUUCUGGUAUCUAUUCCUCUUCAGUAUUGCAUGGCAUGGUUUUUAAGAAGGAAACUGAAGGUGAUGUAACAUCUGUCAAAAGUGCAAAAAUAGCAGUGUAUUCUUGUCCUUUUGAUGGCAUGAUAACUGAAACUAAGGGAACAGUGCUGAUAAAGACUGCUGAAGAAUUGAUGAAUUUUAGUAGGGGAGAAGAGAAUCUCAUGGAUGCACAAGUCAAAGCUAUAGCUGAUACCGGUGCAAAUGUCAUCGUAACAGGCGGCAAAGUGGCAGACAUGGCUCUUCAUUACGCAAACAAGUACAAUAUCAUGUUGGUGAGGUUGAAUUCCAAAUGGGAUCUCAGAAGACUAUGUAAAACAGUUGGUGCUACAGCUCUUCCUAGAUUGACUCCUCCUGUCCUUGAAGAAAUGGGACAUUGUGACAGUGUUUAUCUCUCAGAAGUUGGAGACACACAGGUGGUGGUUUUUAAGCAUGAAAAGGAAGAUGGUGCCAUUUCUACCAUUGUGCUUCGAGGCUCUACAGACAAUCUGAUGGAUGAUAUAGAAAGGGCAGUAGAUGACGGUGUUAAUACUUUCAAAGUUCUCACAAGGACCUGUCCUGGACUGGAACAGUAUGCCAUUAAGAAGUUUGCAGAGGCAUUUGAAGCUAUUCCCCGGGCACUGGCAGAAAAUUCUGGAGUGAAGGCCAAUGAAGUAAUCUCUAAACUUUAUGCAGUACAUCAAGAAGGAAAUAAAAAUGUUGGAUUAGAUAUUGAGGCUGAAGUUCCCGCUGUAAAGGACAUGUUGGAAGCUGGUAUUCUAGACACUUACUUGGGAAAAUACUGGGCUAUCAAACUGGCUACGAAUGCUGCUGUCACUGUACUUAGGGUGGAUCAGAUCAUCAUGGCAAAACCAGCCGGUGGGCCCAAACCUCCAAGUGGGAAGAAAGACUGGGAUGAUGACCAAAAUGAUUGACUGCCUUAGUUUUUACUGUAGGUGAAGACUACGUUUGUAGUAAUAGUCUAGGAAUUGCCUGAUGUUUUCGUAUUCUCCUUAAAUUAAGAAGUGUUUUGUGUUUAUAUCCUCAGCUGGAUGAUAAAUAAACAUGUUGCUAUCAAA